AUGGGCAGCUCGCUCGGAUCCGGCGACAUGAUGAAGGUCGGCAUAGGCAGCUCGCUCGGGUCCGGCGACACCAUGAAUGUCGGGCCAGCGAACAAGGAUGCCUCCGAGUCCACCUCCAUCUUAGCCAGAGCCUUUGGCUUCUUGUCGGGCCGGUCCAUCAACGGAGCGAGGCCAGCGAAGGGUGAUGCCUCCACCACGGUACGAGGUGUCGCCUUCUUCUCCGACGCCACAGGGCCAGCGAAGAGUGUCGCCACCGAGUCUGCCACCAUCUCAGUCGUAGGCUCUGCCUUCUCCGAAAGGUCGAUCGACGGAGAAGGGCAAGCGAAGGAUGUCACCACCGAGUCUAGCUCCAUCUCAGUCACAGGCUUUGUCUUCUUCCCGAACCGGCCGGCCGACGGGGCGGGGCCGGCGGAGAUUGAUGCCUGCGAAGCUGCCACCAUCUCAGCCGGAGGCCUCGGCUUCUUGUCGCACCGGUCGACGGAUGGCGCGCGGCUCGCCGGCCUCUUCCAGUUCUCUCUCGGCGUCUCCACGCGGCCGAGGCGCUCGACGCCGCCGUUCAAACUCUCGGCACGGCGGAGCGUCUUGUCAGUGGCCCAGCUGGAGCUCCGGGAAGCACGUCCGGGAAGGUCGAUCUUGUCUCUGAUCCAGCUUCUGCUCAUCGAGGCACGUCCAGGCUGCUGCUUCUUGGUGUCCAGCUCCACACGAGCCGUGUACACCGCCGGAGGAGGCGUCAGGAGGAGGCAGCGCGCCGGGGUAGGCAACAGCGGCGGCAAGGUCGCAGCGACAUGGCUAGCCAUCUCUGCAAAACACAGGACACAGCAAAGAACAGAGAGACCAAGUGAUUGCACAAGCGAAACAAGUAAACAGAACAAUUGCGAUGCUGAAAUUCAGAUGAUGACCGGAGAAGAAAGAGGAAACUCGCCGGAUUCUUUGCUCGCCGUCGGCGAGAGAAGCUCGCCGGGUUGUUAG